CCGGCGGCGCCCCGACCGUGCGGUGAGUCCCCCGCGCCGAGCGGCGGAGCGGGCCCCGUGGGCCGGGCGGCAGCGGCCUCACCCCCAGCGGCGCCGCCAUGGACGCGGGGGGCGCGCGCAGCUGUUCUCUGGAGCAAGUUCAAGCUUUCUAUCCAUCUCCGUUUCAACAACUGAUGGCCGAAACGCCCAACAUGACCCUGACGACUGAAGAGCAGAUGCCAGCAGAAGCUCCUGCCCCGGAACCUGCACCAGAGGCUCCAAAUAGAAGGAAAAGAAAAGCCAGAGCAUCAGAACCCAAGGAUCCCGUGGAACCCAAAAAACCUGCUGGGCCAAAAAAAUCUGGCAAGUCGACGAAGUCAAAAGAAAAGCAAGAAAAAAUCACAGACGCAUUUAAAGUCAAAAGAAAAGUGGACCGUUUCAAUGGCGUUUCCGAAGCUGAGCUUUUGACCAAGACCCUUCCUGACAUUUUGACCUUCAAUCUGGACAUUGUGAUUAUUGGCAUUAACCCAGGGUUAAUGGCUGCUUACAAGGGUCAUCAUUACCCUGGACCUGGAAAUCAUUUCUGGAAGUGUCUGUUCAUGUCCGGGCUGAGUGAGGUUCAGCUGAAUCACCUGGAUGACCACACCUUACCUGGGAAGUAUGGCAUCGGCUUCACCAACAUGGUGGAACGGACGACUCCGGGAAGCAAGGAUCUGUCCAGUAAAGAAUUCCGGGAAGGCGGGCGAAUCCUAGUGCAGAAACUACAGAAAUACCAGCCACGAAUAGCGGUGUUUAAUGGAAAAUGUAUUUACGAAAUUUUCAGUAAAGAAGUUUUUGGAGUAAGGGUUAAGAACUUGGAAUUUGGGCUUCAGCCCCACAAGAUCCCAGACACAGAAACUCUCUGCUACGUCAUGCCGUCUUCCAGCGCCAGAUGUGCUCAGUUCCCUCGAGCCCAGGACAAAGUUCAUUACUACAUUAAGCUGAAGGACCUAAGAGAUCAGCUCAGAGGCAUUGAACGGAACACAGACGUUCAGGAGGUGCAAUACACGUUUGACCUACAGCUCGCACAAGAGGAUGCAAAGAAGAUGGCUGUCAAGGAAGAAAAGUAUGACCCCGGCUACGAAGCCGCGUAUGGCAAUGCUUUCAGUGAGAACCCAUGUCAGAGUGAACCUUGCAGCUUUCCUUCAAAUGGGCUAACAGCCGACCGCACAGAGCUAACAGGAGAAGCAGCCCCUGGUGGCGUCCCCAUGCAGUGGGUGACACAGCCGUUUACAGACCAGAUCCCGUCUUUUAAUACCCGUGGGACACAGGAGCAGGAAGAAGGAAGCCAUGCUUGAUGACGUCUUCUGGGCUGUGCCUCAGCACUGCAGUUUUAGAGCAGCCCUCACUGAGUGGGUAGUGUUAGAACCUUACACUAGUGGUGUAAUAUGUAUGGCGCAGUUGUGUGGUAGAGUCAACUGCAUGAGCCUGUGUAGUUGAAAGGAAACAGUAGGCUGUUUUCUACCUGAGUUUUGUAUUUGAAUUACCCAUCAUUCCAGCUUUUUCUAUACUAGAUUUCAUUUAUGAAGAAACUGGUUUUCUUUGGGGGGGUCACUCUGUGUUAUUUUUAAAAUGCAACAGUCUGAAUGGUUAUAAUUGAUUCUUGACUGUGCAUACCUAUAUAUGCUAUUAUUCCUUUAAAUGCCUCAGAAGGGCAUGCUAGUAAGAAACUGGCAGAUGUGCCCAUUUCCACAUAGAAAGCUAACCAGCCCUCAGUGGAGUCUGCUUAGUUUUGGAAGCUGGGGUAAACUCAGAACUCGCUGGGUUGUAGUCACACUCUCCACGAGGUGUGUAUGGCGGUUGCUUAGUAACAGAAGCAGAGUGGGACCUGAGCCCUGCCUUUGGCCUCCCGCUCCUGUGUGUUGGGCCUCUCACAGGCAGACACUGCUUUGCUGAGCCGGUGGGUUCCUGAGAAUGCAGUAGACCUUUUAUAGCUGCCAAUCGUGUGUUUUAUUGAAUUUCCCCAUCAGUGUUUACCACUGUUCUGAUUUUAUCCUUGACGUGGGAAGUGGUAAGAAAUGAACUUUCAGGGUGAGCAACAUGAUGCUUCAGGUGUUUGACAAUUCUGUUUAAAAUGGUGCUGUGUGUACAGGGGUUUUACUGAGAUAAUGCAGUUUUCUUGCUAGUUAAAACUAGUCAAUAAUUUAAAAAUAUUGUCACUACUGUUUGUUACUGUACACUUAUGUGAACCUCAUGAAAAGGUUGGCUGGAAUUGGUACCUUUGUGGUUUCUGAUGCAUUUUCCAUGGUGCUACAAAUAGUCCAGCCCAUUAGGGCUGUGGGAUAUUAAAACUGGGUAUUCAGAAAUAGCUAUUGCAUCCACUCCUGAUCACUCAUGAAUAUUCUGUCUUAGCGCAUACCCAAGGAAUAUGCUGGUUUUGUAGUAUGAAAUGUCCGUGAGGUUUUAUAUUCCACAGAGGUUAUGCAGCCUGUUCUUCUAUGAAUAAUAAGAGAAGCAGUUUCUUGUAAAUCUUCACAUGCCUUUUAGCUGUGGCAACGAUGGAUCUUAUUUUUCCAUAAGUCUAGUCAAGCUGUGUGUGAGUCAUGUUAUUUUAGGUGUACUGCACUGCUGUUUACAUGGACAUUUUGUGCAGGUGCUCUGAAGUGCCUUGCAUCAGGGACUAGGAUCAACUGAAUUAUUUUUUCCAUGGGACUGUGUAAAGCAUGUAACUAGGUAUUGCUUUGGUAUAUGACUAUUGUAGCUUUACCAUAGAUUUCCUUGAGUAGAAAAAUACCUUUAAAUUAUGACCCUCUGGGGAAUGGGUGUGAGGAUCUUCUGACUACAGUCCCAGUACUUUUCAUUGAACAUGACAAAUAGUAGUAUUGAUGUGUCCUGCACAUGACAGGAUGAGAUUUUUUUCAUUAAAUAAUACUGAGAUUUUAAAUUCAUAUGAAAGUCUUGAUGGUUUUUUACAAUAAACAUUACAAAUGGCUAUAAUUAAGGUACUGGCUUUUCUGUAGCAAGACUUAGUGGUAUUCUUUCUCGCUUUAACUCUGAAGACAGUUUACUUUUUAUAUUUAACUUGGAGGUAAUUCAUGAGGAAAAUCAUAAAAACUUGAAUAUUUUAUUUGUACAGAUA